AUGAUCAGCAUAGCUGCUCUCGUACUUGCACUCGCUGCAAUGAAUUGUUCACUUGGAGUGCGAAGUCUCUAUGUUCGAAUACUCGGAUUCAUAUUUGAUUAUGCCACGAAAAUAAAAAACGACAAAGAACUUUCCAAUGAAUCUUCCGAUGAACCAUCGACAUCUACUCCGAACUCAAGUACAUCUAAUCUAGUAGAAAGGUCAUCCGAUGACCCUAUCGAAAUGACUUCUGACACACCAUUAGUAAGUGGUUCAACUAAAAAUGAUGAAACGAAGUCUAACGAGACAAAUGAAACAUCAUUGGAAACGGCAUUGGAUGUUCAGCAGAAAGUCUCACGAGGUUCAUCACAAUCAGACAUUCAAUUUCGAUUAGGAGAUAUUAUGGAUUAUACCCGUCAAGGUCUUGAAGCUAUCGUUGAUGACGAAGUAACAAAACGUUUUUCAUCCGCUGAAGAAAUGGCCGUUUGGAAUCUAUUAACUCGUACUCAACAACAACACGAAUAUUUCUCUUUACGUAUUACCGCACUUUGGUUUCUCGGCUUUUGCGUUCGUUAUUUUAUCCUAUUUCCAUUUCGUCUCUGUCUAUUCAUUCUCGCUAUUCUUUGGAUGUUGUGCUCAGCAGUAUUUCUCAAAUAUUUUCCAGGAAAGAACGCCAAAUUACGCUAUGGAUUUUAUAUCAAUAUCGUCCUACAUCGUAUUUUAUCCCGUGUCUUCUCUGCUAUAAUAACAUAUCAUAAUACGGAACAUCGUGCUAAAUCUGGUUCAAUUUGCGUGGCAAAUCAUACUUCACCUAUCGAUGUUAUCAUACUUUCAACUGACAAUAGUUUUUCUAUGAUCGGACAAAAACAUGGCGGUUUUUUUGGUAUGGUUCAACGAACUUUAUCGAAUACGGCCAACCACAUUUGGUUUGAACGUUCCGAAGCGAAAGAUCGUCAUAUGGUUGCCGAAAAAAUGCGCGAACACAUUCAAGUCAAAGAUAAUCUACCAAUCUUGAUCUUUCCCGAAGGCACAUGUAUCAAUAAUACGUCGGUAAUGAUGUUCAAAAAAGGUUGUUUUGAAAUCACAGAAGCGCCAAUCUAUCCAGUCGCGAUUAAAUAUGAUAAUCGUUUUGGUGAUGCUUUUUGGAAUUCAUCUAAACACGAUCUAUUUCAAUAUUUAAUCUUAAUGAUGACAUCCUGGGCGAUUGUUGUAGAUGUUUACUAUUUACCCCCGAUGACCAUUAAAGAAAAUGAAAAUUCAGUCGACUUUGCUCGUCGUGUGAAAGCAGUUAUCGCCAAGCAAGGUGGCUUCGUCGACUUGGAAUGGGAUGGCGGACUGAAACGUGCGCUGCCGAAGGAAGAUUUCAAACAAAAAGAACAACGAAAGUUCUAUGAAAUGUUAAAAACGGAAUAA